AUGAGUUCAGACAAGCAGCUCGGCGUAUUCCAAAGCAUCUGCGGUGUGGCCGACGCGGAGCUGGCGCGGCAGUUCCUGGAUAUGGCAGGUGGCGACGUGGAAACGGCAAUCUCGCUGUACUUCGAGCACGGCGGCGACACGCAGGCUGGCGCACGCAGUGGGCCUGCAAGCGCGCGGCCGGCCGCGGAGUACGACGACGAGAAGUUGGCGGAGUCUCUGCAGCAGGAGGCUUACCAGGAGGAGGAGAAUAUGCGGCCGCCGGACCAGGCGCGCCACGAACAGCUGGUGGACACACAGUUCUUCCCGGGGCAGUACGGUGGGGUGGGCGGGAUGUUCCAGCCGCUGCGCGGGGUACAGGACAUGUUCGAGGAGGAGCGGCCGACCGGGAUCUUCAAUCAGAGGUUGCCAGACGACCAGGACCACAGCAGCGAUGAGGGUUCGGACGAGACGCCGCUGCGCUACGAGUACGCGGAGGAGACGGUGAUGGAGCUGGACGACGAGGGCAACAUGCGCGAGUAUGUCAAAGUCGUGCGGCGGCCCAAGUCACUGACGAAGGAGGAGCGCAUGGCGCUGCUGUUCCGGCCGCCGUUCGAUCUUAUGAGCAAGGUCGACCUGGAGCACGCCAAGCUCACGGCACGCGAGAAGAAGAAGUGGAUCCUGAUCAACAUCCAGGCGGUGGACAUCUUCCAGUGCCAGAUGCUGAACCGCGACCUCUGGUCCCACCCCAAUGUCAAGCGGCUGGUGAAGCAGAACUUCAUCUUCCUGCAGUACCAGCACGGCUCUCGCUCCGCACAGAGUUACCUCCAGUUCUACGACCUCAGCAACCGGGACGAACUGCCCCACAUUGCCAUCCUCGACCCGCUCACCGGCGAGCGCCUAAGACAGUGGAACCGCGACGUCCCGCCCGUCCACGAGUUCCUGGCCUCGCUUGAGGAGUUCCUGCGCGACUUCUCGCUGGAUCCGGCCACCGUCAACCCCACAGUCAAGGAGCCCACGCCCGAACUGGAUCCCACCACGCUGACAGAGGAGGAGCAGGUCAACCUCGCCAUCCGCGAGUCGCUUGGCCGCCGCCCGUCCUCGCCUCCUCCUGCGUCACCUGCCGCGCCUGCCAUGGACCCUGCAGUUGCUGCCUUUGCCGCCAUCAAGCCUGUGAGCCAUACCGAGCCGGAAAACAGGCCGGGCAUCACCACUCGCAUCCAGAUCCGUACCGGUGAUGGCAAACGUAUCAUCCGCAGAUUCAACGCUGUGGAGGAUACCGUUCGAACGAUCUACGAAGUCAUCAAGUCUGAACUGGACGGAUUCCAGUCGGCGCCCUUCAUCCUCACCACCCACACCAGAGAAAACCUGAUUGAUAGGCUGGAUGAGACAAUCAACGAUGCUGGCCUGAAGAACAGCUCGCUGCUAUUAGAAUCGGCCACCGAUAGCUAG